GACGGGAAGGGCAUACGUGCCAGAAGCCUGGGCCGGUACCCGGAGGAUGGCGGUUCAGAAAGUAUUCCCGCUUUCCUGUACGGUGCAGCACUAUGCCUGGGGGAAGAUGGGUUCCAGCAGUGAAGUGGCUCGGCUGCUGGCCAGCAGUGACCCACAGGCCCAGAUCUCAGAGGACAAGCCAUAUGCGGAGUUGUGGAUGGGGUCCCACCCCCGGGGAGAUGCCAAGAUCCUCGACAAUCGCUUCUCACAGAAGACCCUAAGCCAGUGGAUCUCUGAGAACCAGGACUGCUUGGGCUCAAAGGUCAAGGAGACCUUUGAUGGCAAGCUGCCCUUCCUCUUCAAAGUACUAUCGGUUGAAACGGCGCUGUCCAUCCAGGCACACCCUAACAAGGAGCUGGCAGAGAAACUGCAUCUGCAGGCUCCACAGCACUACCCUGAUGCCAACCAUAAGCCAGAGAUGGCCAUUGCCCUCACCUCCUUCCAGGGCUUGUGUGGCUUCCGGCCCAUCGAGGAAAUUGUGACGUUUCUGACAAAGGUGCCUGAGUUCCAGUUUCUGAUUGGAGAUAAUGCAGUGGCACAGCUGAAGCAGAGCUCUAGCAGUGACUCCCAGUCGGCGGCCUCAGCUCUGCAGAGCUGUUUCUCCCACCUGAUGAAGAGUGAGAAGAAGGUGGUGGUGGAGCAGCUCAACCUGUUGGUGAAGCGGAUCUCCCAGCAAGUGGCUGCUGGAAACAAUAUGGAAGACAUCUAUGGGGAGCUCUUACUGCAGCUGCACCAGCAGUAUCCCGGUGAUAUUGGAUGCUUUGCCAUCUACUUCCUGAACCUGCUUACCCUGAAGCCGGGAGAGGCCAUGUUUCUGGAGGCUAAUGUGCCCCAUGCCUACCUGAAAGGAGACUGUGUGGAGUGCAUGGCGUGUUCAGACAACACGGUUCGUGCUGGCCUGACACCCAAGUUCAUUGAUGUGCCAACCCUAUGUGAGAUGCUCAGCUAUAUCCCCAGCAAGGACAGGCUCUUUCUUCCAACUCGGAGUCAGGAAGACCCCUACCUCUCUAUCUACGACCCCCCUGUGCCAGACUUCACUGUCAUGAAAAUUGAGCUUUCCUCAGACACCUAUACCUCUGCUGGGGGAGUAAGGCAGAACAGAAGAUUGGAGAACAGACCGGAAGUCUGGCACAGUGCCGUGCACACAGCAGGCACAAGACAAGCAUUUGGCAGUGGCGGUGACGCUGCCUGCAGCCUGGCCCCGUGCAGAAAGGCGCUCUGGACUUGCCUCUGCAGAGGAAUACCCGGAGGAGUAUCUGGAUUCCAGCUCCCCAUCACUAGGAGAAGAGGAAAACAGUCAGUUCAGGGGGAUGCCUGUGGAGCGCAGCUGCAAAUGGCGAGGUGGAGAGCAUGCAAGGGGGUCCGGACGACUUGUGAAACAAAGACCAUCACAGAACUCAAACCCAGAAUCCGUCCUGAAUACCACUGGCUCUUUCCACUGGCUCCAGCAGGGACGGGGUCACUGUCACAAGCAAUGAAGCUGUAAGAGGGGAGGAUGAUUCCCCCACACAAGGUUAGUGCUCCAAAUUGAAGGGCAGCAUGAGCACCUGAGCCUCUAACCCAGCUAUCCUGGGAAGGGAUAAGGCCCUGAAGAAGACUGCUCUGGAACAUGCAUGAAGGGUCUUGGGCAAGAUCUGCAGUUUUACCCAAGUCACUCCCCAAGGGAUAUUUUCAAGGAUACCACUCACCUGUCAGAGUCGAGGGACACCAGGUUUUCAUCUGGACUCUGACUAAGGGCCGUAUAGCCCUUGUUAAACUUCACUGACCUGAGGGUAGACAGGGAAGGGACCAAGCAUAGAUGAAGCAACAGUUCACAGAGAAGGCCAGAGUCCUUGCCCUUAUGGAAGAAGGACUGACUGUAGUACGCCUGUCUGGCCUUCCUGUCACACAGCCACUGCUGCCUGCACUGUACCUGGCGGCAGCCGCUGGGAAUAUGCACUCCCCACACCACUCCCCCUACUGCUCCUGAGGAAAAGCACACCUACUCUUUCCAGUAGAAGGAAAACUCCCCCACUUCAGCUUAGUUUAACACAGAACAGAAAAACUGCAAGUUCUGGGGGCAAAUCUCUUCUCGAGUUUGAGCUCUUACCUAUAAGAGGCUCUGGAAAAGGUCUCGCUCAGCCCUCAGACUUUACCAUUCUGUUGAAAAAGAAAUACAGCACUGGCUGUUCCCACACUGCUUUCUAAUUUCACUCUUAGUGAACCCAGCCACUGUGCUGCUCCCAGACAAUGAUCCUAUGCACUAACAAAACUGUUUAUCCAAAGCCCUUUUCUUGACAUCAUUACAUCUUUAAAGGAAAAGAAAAGGUCAUUCCUCUUCCCAUUUUAAAAUAGUGAAAAAGACGGGUUGGCGUCAGGUGAAUCACUAGCUCGGUCUUAAAACGGGAGAACUGUCUCCCAGCCUGAGGAUCAAGGCCUUUUCUGGAAACUGCUUGCACAGAGGAGGUGGCGCCUGCUGAGACCUUUUCGCUGAAGAGUCGGGGCGGUUCGCCGAGGCCCCCAGCAUGCCUUUUCUCCGAAGAACAGCCUU